UGUCUCAUGUUGUCACGCACUCGAACUCGAACUUGAUGUUAGUGAUUAGGUGAGAUAGACACUGAACUGGAACAGGCUUUUGCUUUUGUUUGUGUUGAAGCUAACGCCUACACUGUUGACAUAAAAGAGUGCAACGCAAGUUUACUUCAACUUAGUAGCCUACUUUAAAUCAUAUAGUGUAGAUAUUUCGUUUUGCCUCAGUAGCUUAUAUGGUGCUGUGAUAUUGAAUUGUUUUAAUAUUUACUAAUGAAGUUAGUGUGUUGUUUUUGAGGUUAUGUUCGUCUGUGUAUACGCCAGUCGGUAAUGUGAGAUAAUAUCAGUUUUAAGAAAUCAUUAUACACCUUUUAUGAGAUAAAUAUAGUAAUUUUAUUACUGUCUAGAAAUUGAAUAAUGUGCGACUUAAAUUCUACACGGGUUUUCCUGCUACUCUGUAUAUUGAGUGCGGCUGUCAUCAAUCCAGUCAACAACAAGGAGGAGGAAGAUUUCCUGCUCCUGACAGUUGCCACAGAAGAGACUGAUGGCUUCCUCAGGUUUAUCCGCUCUACCAAGGUGUACAAUGUCCCAACAAAGGUGUUGGGGCUGGGCAAGCAGUGGGAGGGAGGAGACAUGAAGGGUACUGGGGGAGGACACAAGGUCUUGAUGCUAAGGAAGGCCCUCAAACGUUAUGCUUCAGACAGCAAUAAAAUCGUCAUGUUUACUGACAGCUACGAUGUGUUGGUGCUGGGACCACAAUCCGAUAUUGUGAAGCAGUUCCGAGCACUAGACGCUCGCUUGGUGUUUGCAGCUGAGUCAAACUGUUGGCCUGACCGCAGCUUGGCGGAUCAGUAUCCAGUCACUGAAUCCCGCUACAAGUAUCUCAACUCUGGAGGUAUAAUUGGAUACGCCAGUGAGCUGUACGAACUUCUGUCAUCUCAUGAACUAAAAGCUACUGACGACGAUCAGCUCUACUACACAAAGCUUUUCCUUGACAAAAACAUCAGAGAGAAGCAUCAUAUAAAGCUAGAUCACAAGGCAGCCAUCUUCCAAAAUCUGUAUGGAGCCAUAGAUGAUGUGGACAUUGUGCAAGGAACUCUGUUGAAUGUAGUAUAUGGCACAAAGCCUCUGGUAUUUCAUGGCAAUGGCAUCUCUAAAUUGGAACUCAACACAUUGGCCAAUUAUCUGGCCGAAUACUGGACAGCCGCGGAAGGUUGCAUUGGCUGCAAAGAAAACAAUAUUGAGAUACAGAAAAUUUCUGAAGCAGAUUACCCAACCGUUGUGAUUGCUGUUCAUGUGGCUGUGCCAACACCAUUCAUCAGAGAAGCAUUUGAUAAGCUCCUCCAACUUGAUUACCCUAAGAACAAAAUAUACUUCUUCAUUGCUAACUCUGUGGUGCACCAUAACAAAGAUGUUGAACAACUUAGAGACAAUAUCAAUGCAUUUGAACAAUACCUCGGAAUCAAGAUGAUCAAAGCAGAAGAUGAAAUUAAGGAAGCAGAUGCCAGAAUGUUUGCUGUGGACUAUUGCAUGACAAAGGAGUGUGACUACCUGCUGUCAGUAGACAGUUUUGCUCACCUGGACAAUCCCAACACUCUCAAGGCUCUUAUCAAGCUCAACAGAACUCUGGUGGCACCGAUGUUGGUUCGACCUCAUAAAGCAUGGUCCAAUUUCUGGGGUGCUAUUACCCCGGACGGAUUCUAUUCUCGGUCCUUUGACUACAUGGAUAUUGUGAAUAAUAACAGAAGGGGUGUAUGGAAUGUGCCAUACAUUUCAGCUGCUUAUCUGACCAAUGCUACACUGCUGCGGAGACACAAGCCUCGUUACGACAUUGCCACCUUGGAUCCUGACAUGGCUUUCUGUCACCACAACAGAGAAAAGGGAGUCUUCAUGUACGUUUCCAAUCUGGAAGAGUACGGACACCUGGUUGAUCCUGAGAACUACGACCCGAGCCGUACCCACCCGGACAUGUACGAGCUGCUGACCAACCGCCAGGACUGGGAGCAGCGUUACAUCAGCCCCGAGUACCCAGAGAAUUUCAACCCUAAUAAGACUGCUGAGCAGCCUUGUCCAGAUGUAUAUUGGUUCCCAGUGGUGACCCCAGAGUUCUGUCAGAGCCUUAUUGAUAUCAUGGAGAAUUUUGGCAAGUGGUCCGAUGGCUCCAAUACCGACAAUCGCCUAUCAGGAGGCUACGAGAAUGUGCCAACCAGAGACAUCCAUAUGAACCAGGUUGGCUAUGACCAGACAUGGAUGGAGUUUCUGAGAGUGUACGUCAGACCUCUACAGGAGCACGUCUUCCUUGGAUACUUUCAUGAUCCACCUAAAUCACUGAUGAACUUCGUAGUUCGUUACCGACCCGACGAGCAGCCAUCUUUGCGACCUCACCAUGACUCCUCUACGUACACUAUCAACCUUGCCCUCAAUCGGCCCAACAUUGACUAUCAGGGUGGUGGCUGCAAGUUCUUGCGUUACAACUGCAGUGUGACUGACACUAGAGUGGGCUGGUUGCUGAUGCACCCUGGCCGUCUGACACACUUCCACGAGGGAUUGCGAGUUACUAAUGGCACUCGCUACAUUAUGAUAUCUUUCGUCGAUCCAUAGAUUCUUAAAUUAGUAUUGAGUAGUUAUCAAGCAUGUAUUAGUUUCUAGUUUAUUAACCAUAUAAUUCCAUCUAAGUUCAAUAGUAUAAUUUGUAUUGUGACUUGUAUAUUUUUAAUAUUUAUAAUUACAAGUUUUAAUGCUUAAUGCUUAUGAAUAAAGACGUUAUCAUGAUCUUUUUUAUGAACAAAUAGAAUUUAUUUCUCAUGUAGGUGACAUUUUUGUAUGUUUUAUUAUUUAAAUUAGAGAUCAAAAUAUGAUAAUGUGCUAAAUACUAAUAAACUUUUAGUUCCAAAGUAACACUAUUUUUAUAUUUUAAAGUUUCCUAUAUUUUAAUAUUUUGAACAAAUGGUUUUAUGCCAAAUAUGUUUACUACAGCAUUUAGUUGCAUUUUGGAAAACAAUAUGAGGUGUUGGAAUAAAACAGGUUAUAAUUUAAAUACCAAAGAAAGACUUUUUGUCAAUUGGUCUCAGACAUGGUAUUUUGUUAUUUUAUUUUAUAGUUUAACGUUAAUUUUUAACCAGAAAUGUUUUUCAAGCGGAAAAGUUUUUAAAAUUGACUGAUUGACUACAGGAAUGGUCAGAGUCCAUUGUAUUAGAUGAAUUUUGUAGAUUUUCUAUAAAAUCUAAAUUAUUUAUAAUUAUAAAUUAGACAUUCCCUUAUGUUCUGUAUUUGGUCAUUAAAUGCUUUAAUAAAUCUAAGGUUUAAUUUUCCUUAAAGUUUUUACAAUACAUGAUUUAUCUCUAGUUUUACAUACUAUAUUGCUGUUUUAUACAUCUGUAGAAACCGUAUUAUUUACUUUGAAAAGUAAAAUGUUUCAUACAGAAAAUUCUUUUCAAAAUGUUUUUGGUUAGAUGUUUUUAAAUAUUGUCAAAUUUGUAAAUUGAUUAUUUUUUACAUUUUAUUAAUGUAGGAAUUGUGUUUACAAAAUAAUUCUGAGAUACAAUAAUUGGUGACAAUUUUGAUGCAUAAUAAAUAAAUUUAUCAUUAUUAAAACUCGGUAAGUACUUUUUAUCAAAAACAAUAUGUGCAAAUAUCUAGGUCUAGUAUUUUAGAUGUAUAGAAGUGAAUAGAAAAUGUUUUGACAGAAUAGUUCAAUUUAGGACACUUUAUUUGUGCCUCCCAAUGGGUUAAUGUUGAAUCUUAUUCUUCAUUCAUUUUUCUUAACAUCGAAUUAUAUGAACUUGGCAUCAUGAUAUAUCGAAGAACAAUGUAGGAUAAAAUAUGUUCAUACUAUUUUAAAAUAUUAUGUUUUAAGCAUUUUAUGUAUAUAGACAAUAUUUUCUUAUAAGAGAAUGUUUAUCAAUAAAAAUCUAUCAAUAAUCAAAUAUGAACAACCAUUGUUUUUUAAAUGUGAUAAUCAUUUUGCUGAUUUUACAAAAGCCCUACAGUUAUUAUAUACAAAACCUAAGAAAAAGUAUGCUAUGCUUGAUUGUAUCCUUAAAUAUUGGGUAAGUUACCAUUUAAUCGGUUCUAUGAUAAUACUUGAGAGAAAAUAGUUCUUUGAAAGUUUUGAAUCCUGAAUCACGCACAGUUUUAUAAAUUAAUAUUUAGAUAGUUAAGAAAAUACUGUCAUGUUUAUAUGUUUCAUAUUUUUUGGAAUUUGUAUUUUAUUUAUAAGGUACUGUAUUUUGUAUGACAACAGUUCUCUUUUGAUACAUUUGACAUUUUUUCUGUAAGCGCAUUGUCAUAUUUAUGGAUAUUAUUUAUUCAUAGUGAUAUGCUCUUUUCAUUUUAACAUCAAUCCUAUGUUAUUAACACCGUAGUUAAACUACUUAAGAUCCCACAGUAUAUAGCUGCAGUGAGAUUGUUAUCUACAUGUAUUGCAGCUAGACAGUUAUUGUACAGUAGUUUAACACGUCAACUACGGCAAACGCCAUAGUGCGCGUGUUAUGGUAUUGGACUACUUAAUUGAUCACUCAGUAUAGAGCGCAGUAAAGGCCAAAUUGUGUACUAAAUAUAAAAAUACAUACUACUCGUUUCUUUAUUUACUACAGCAAGUUAUUAAUUAUCAUUUGACUUGAAUGGUCAGUUUUUAUUUUAUUUAACCAUUCUAAGUUUAGUUAAUUCAAUUAAUUAAAUCUCAUGUUAGUUUUACAGAUUUUUCUCCUGUUAGUUUUAUUUGGAUUUCCUUAUUUUUUACUUUUAUGAAUGUAACAUUUUAUUUAUACUUCAUUCCUAAAUACUCAUUUAAUCUAUUCCUUAUUAGUACCUUGUAUUUUGUUCCUUUAGAUUAGUUGUUAGGUGGCUUGUUUAAAUUUUUUACUAUAUACAUUAGUAGUUUUAUAAAAAUUACAAUUCUGUAAGUUGAUUCAAAAAUAGGAAUAGCAAAAAUCAAAUAAAAGUUAUAUUGUGUACCAGCUUUCCACCUAAUACUGUUCUCUCUAUUUUUAUCAAACCAUAAUCCUUUGUUAUUUUAUUGUUUUUUCUUAGGCUUUAUACUAUAAAAUGUAAUUUUUGUAAUGCUAAAACUUUGUUUACUUUUGUAAAUAAAGGUAGCAAAGUCUAA